AUGAUCUUGUCGCCCGCCGAACGGUCGUAUUUAUACGAAUCCCUUAACAAGAAGCAACCAAUAAGACCGGAUGGUCGUAAAAAGUUUCAGUGUCGGCCGUUAGAAGCUACCACUGCGUUUCUACCGUCAUCGAACGGCUCUGCGAGAAUACGAAUGGCAGAUGGAAGCGAAUGCAUUGUCAGUGUCAAGUCCAAAGUUGUUUUAUUGGCAAAGGAGUCGAACUUGAUAGAGUGCGACAUUGAUGUAACGGGAUUCAGAGAUGAUUCGAACUUUGUUUCGAACUUGAAGUUCAGCUUGACCAACUUGUUCGUGAAAAACUUCCCAACAAAGAAUUUGCAUCUUACAACGAAAUAUGCUUUCAAGCUUUUCAUAGACUGCAUUGUCGUCAGCCAUCUGUGCUACCCGCUUACAUUGGCCACUUUCACAUCAUAUUUGGCGCUCAAGACUACGAGGUUGCCUUUACUAGUUUCCGAAGUGGAUGAUGCCGACAUCGAAGAGCAGCCCACUUUUUCAGAUGAUUGGGAUCAAGCCCAAUACUUGGCUGAAGUCUUCAAUAUGGAAUAUUUCCUGCCGCCUCUAUUCAUUACUUUGGGAGUAGUCGGUAACAACUUGAUUAUGGAACCAUCGGCAGAGGAGGAGCAAGUACUUGAAAAUGGCUUGCUCAUCGGCUGGCACAAUAACAAAGUCAUCACACCUGUGACAAACCAGUACUUGGCUUCGGGGUCGAAUAAUACAAGCUUCAAAGGUCUUCAAUCGUCUGUUCUUGCCAAAGCUUUGCAAAUGGUGUCUGAGUACUGUCCCAAAAUUGUCAAGGCUUUAGAUGACUUGGUAGACCAGAGUCAAGGAGAGGAUACUACGAUAUUUUAG